AUGAACUGUGACAAAUGUCCAUUUAUUUCAGCUGUCUCGCAGCCCAUGUUGGGCGGUUCAUUCGGGCUGGCACCGACCCCUCCGCCCAUCAAUGACCAGGUGGUGAAGUGUCCACUGUGCCAGGAGCCGUUCCGCGAACCAAAGGUCCUCGCGUGCUUCCACUCAUUCUGCAAGGCUUGUCUCGAACGACAGAUUGACUCUGCUGAACGCAUUGUUUGCCCACAGUGUCACAUGGAGACACAACUGAGCGUACAACUCGGCCUUGACUCCCUCCUUUCCGACUAUGGACUUGAGGCAGUCCUGUCUCGCCCUAACGUGAUUGAUGACAAAGGAUUGCUCUUCGGCUCUCCUAGUUCUACUUCAUCAUCUCCUCCCCUUUCUGACUCACCAUGUGAUCAGAACUCUAACACAACCAACCGCUCGGCUUGUACUGGAUGCAAGUCUGGUGAGCGUGCAUCCCACUACUGUCAAGAGUGUACUCACUAUCUUUGCACCAACUGCACAAUGGCUCAUCAAUACAUGCACUGCUUUGAGGGACACCGUGUAGAACCGAUUUGUCAGGUUCAGGUUCGCUACUCACUCGAGGUUCCAUCGAUGCCACCCUCUAGUGCUGCUUCGGCACAUGAGCGAUCUUGCAAAUGUCUGCAACAUCGUGCCCAGCCGUUGCGCUUCUUUUGCCUAACAUGUAACCUGGCGAUUUGUCGCGAAUGCACCUUGGUCGAACACGCCCAACCUGCGCAUCAGUACGAACCCAUCACUGAGGUUGCUGACAAACAACUCAGUACGAUGGAAAUGCUGGUGAAUGAAGCACGCAACAAGCAUAUGGAUCUCUUAGAGAUGUUCAAACAGGUGGACGCCUCUCAACAACGGUUAAGUGCUAGUCUAAGCCGUGCUCAUUCACAGCUUGACGAAAAUGUCAACGCUCUGGUGCGUAUCAUUGAUGAGGCGCGUAAGUCUGCAGCCAAAGAAAUCGAUACUGCGUUCUCUGCUAAACAGAUACAGCUAACCAUGGUGGAUAAACGUAUCCAACAGAUGACCGAAAAACUUAGUCAAACGAUCGACUUCACAACGAGGCUUGUAAAGUAUGCGUCCCCUACUGAAGUUAUGGUGUUCAAACAACUUCUUGAUACCCGACUUCACCUCUUUCUUGCGUUUAACCCUGAUGUAAGUUUGAAUACUCUCAAAAAAGAUCAGCUGUUCAGACAUCAGCUUCUUCAGGCGUCAAAUGCUCUCGGGUCAUCAUGUGAGCUGGAGCUGCCACCGCUGAACCUCACGAAUGCCCGCCAAGCCAUUCAAGGCUUAUUCGGACAAGUUCGUGGUGGAGCAGCUGAUUGGAGUGGACAAGCUAGUUCACAGACGGGAAUGCCUCCAACCCCAAUAGGAAGGCCACCCAGCAGACAGGAUGCAUGUGGACUCCCCCCGGUCUACAACCAUUAUGAUAAAUGGUCCAUCGGAGUAGAGCCCAGCCUUGGUAUGCUCGAACCAGGAAAUAUCGAAGACGAAAAAAUGGGCCCACUGUAUCCACCGAGCCGAUCACAGAUAAGUCGUCAGAAGAUGAUUUAUCACUGCAAAUUCGGUGAGUUUGGUGUCAUGGAGGGUCAAUUUACCGAGCCAUCCGGAGUGGCCGUGAACGCUCAAGGUGACAUUGUUGUUGCUGACACGAACAACCACCGUAUCCAGGUGUUCGAUAAAGAGGGGCGAUUCAAGUUCCAGUUCGGUGAGUGUGGCAAACGGGAUGGACAACUGUUAUAUCCUAACAGAGUGGCGGUAAACAAGAUGACCGGCGAUUUUGUUGUAACCGAGAGAUCUCCUACACACCAAAUCCAGGUGUAUAACCAAUACGGCCAAUUUUUACGGAAAUUCGGAGCUAACAUCCUUCAACACCCCCGCGGAGUUUGUGUCGACACCAAGGGCCGCAUUAUCGUAGUGGAAUGCAAGGUGAUGCGAGUGAUCAUUUUCGACAUGUUCGGGAAUAUUCUGCAGAAGUUUAGCUGCUCUCGCUACCUCGAAUUUCCGAAUGGAGUGUGUACGAAUGAUAAGAACGAGAUCCUCAUUUCUGAUAAUCGUGCUCAUUGCAUCAAGGUAUUUUCCUAUGAGGGACAGUUCCUCCGUCAAGUUGGCGGCGAAGGGAUCACCAACUAUCCGAUUGGUGUGGCCAUCAAUGCGAUGGGUGACGUUGUUGUGGCGGAUAACCAUAACAAUUUCAAUCUCACUGUGUUUUCACAGGAUGGCGCUAUGAUUGGUGCUCUUGAAUCCAAAGUGAAGCACGCCCAAUGCUUUGAUGUGGCGUUGGUGGACGAAAGCAGCGUUGUUUUGGCAUCAAAAGACUAUCGCCUCUAUCUGUAUCGUUUCCAACGCAGUGCUGGUGGUAAUCAGCAGUAG